ACAAAAACAAAGCGAAUAACUUGUGAGCAAGCAGCAGUCAAACAAAAUAAUAUAAAAUAAAUGUGGCAGCAGCUUGCACAUAAUAAAAAGACUGUGGAAAUUGUUGUCGCAUGUGUACAUAUACGUCUGUGAGUGUUCACGUAGAUUCUAGUUUAACAAUGAGCAGUGCACCAUUGCUGCGCACCAGACAGGGAGUCGCUGUAUCUGUCAGCCACACCUAAAGAAUCGGCGAUAGCAACAAUUACACUAGCUACUGACCAACAAACCUAAGCAACGGAAAAGCAAUAAUUAGCAUAGAAAACCGUACCAUAUAACUGCGUACUUCCGUAAACUGUAACCAUUUGCCUCGACGCUUACACUUGUGAUCAUGUUUUCCGGAUCAUACGACACAUAUGAGCUAGACAACAUUGUGGAUGUUGUAGGACUGCGCUCACAGGCCAUUAACACGUUCCGUGAAAUGUGGUAUCAUGUGUUUCUAUGGGCACUCUUCUCAUCCAUCAUCAUACACACUUGUGCCGCGCUGGUGGCGUUUGUGACGCUGCGCAAACAUAAAUUCGGGCGCUUUUUCUCUAUCCUAAUCCUGGUCAUGGGAUUUCUAUCGCCAGCUGCUAGUGGCAUCAUCAGCAGUGCCGUUAUUGCCUUUGUGCAUCGCGCUUCCAGCCUACCCAUGUCCCCGAUAUACGCCAUGAUCUGGGGCCUAGGCCAAACCACAUUCUCGGCUUGUUUUGGGUUCACACGCAUUCUGGCCACGCUGUAGACUUGUCACAGACUGAUU